UAAUGUUUUAUGCUUUUAUUUAUAUCAACAGCUUCUGCAAAUGAAACUGCACUUCAGAAUAUGACAGAAUUGCUGCUGUCAUCGACCUCGCAUGAAUCAAUAGAUUCUUCUGUGACUCAAGCUGAUCCCAACAUACCACACCUUCCUGAACAAGUUGCCUCUUCUGUUUCAGUUAUUGAUACCUUUGAUCAGUAUGUCACAACUGUUGUUGGGUUAGGGACAUACUUUGGUUCUCGGGUGAUGACCAAGCAUGGGAUCCUGUUCAACAAUCACCUGGCCAACAUGUUACCUCACACCCAUCAAGAAGACAACCAACACUCUCAUGCUCGACCUCUCACCUCGUACACUCCACUCAUUAUUACUGAUUCAAGACAGGUGUGUGGGAGAAGAGUUGUACUGGCCGCCCCGGAGGUUGGUGCAGCAGUCCAGGUAGUAGCACAAGUGGUGUUUCGAGAUAAUGACUUAACGCAGGCUAUUGAACAGCCCAGAAUUACAGUAAAGCUGGAUAACAAUCAAGUGUUUGUGGAAGAUCUACGAAGUGCUGAUCGUAUUCCUGGUUUAGUUCGGAACAAGUUGGGUGAAAUGAACUAUACCUUCAAAGCACUUGACUUGCCAUAUGCCAGCGUAAAUGGCAUUGCUAAAGUUAGAGAUACACUAGUGUCGUGGUCAGAUGCCCGUGGUGGGGGAGUAGCACACCGACUGGAGCCUGCCCCCAAAGAAAUUGGCAAUGUCACCAGUGAUUCAUGAGUAAUUCAAUAAACUUUUUAUGUUUUUGCUAAUAGUUUUUCUUUAGAUUAUUUACAGUAUUUUAUAUAUAUUCUUUUAAGUGGUUAUGAGUUUUAGAUGUGCAGUAAGCCUCUACAUUCUGUUUGUCCAGGCACCAUAUUACCAAUACAUCACAGUUGAAAUUUUGUAUCGUAUUUCCUUCUUUUGAUGUAAAUGAUCAUUUUUUUCACCAUCUGUAUAUUUUUAAUAAACCAUUUUGGAUAUCUGAAUUAUGAAAAACAUUUGUUGCUCAAUCAUUUUUUUACCAAAUGCACUCAUACUUCACGUAUGCCUUGUAUUAUUAAGGUUGAAAUAAAGUAUUUAUUCUUU